CCGUUUCUGCGACCCUCAAUCCCAACUCACGUAGUCACCCUUGACUUCAUAACCGAAUUACUUGCGCCUUGGUCAAUACCGUCAAAAUGAUAAUUUACAAGGACGCCAUCACCGACAGCCAGGAUGAGCUGCUCUCCGAUUCCUACAACCUUAAAGAGGUUGAUGGUGUUAUUUACGAGGCCGAUUGCGCCAUGAUUGAGAUUGGCGCUGUUGAAGUCGACACUGGCGCCAACGCCUCUGCCGAGGAGGCUGAUGAGGGCACCGACGAUACUGCCCAGAAAGUGAACAACAUUGUCCACUCAUUCCGCCUACAACCCACUAGCUUCGACAAGGCCUCGUAUGGAGCCUACCUUAAGGGUUACAUGAAGAAGGUUCUCAAGUAUCUUCAGGAAAAGGAUGGCGACAACGCCGCCGAAAUCGAGACUUUCAAGAAAGGUGCCGCUGCCUUCUCAAAGAAGGUUCUUGGAAGCUUCAAGGACUGGGAGUUCUACACUGGUGAGAGCAUGGAUGUCGAUGGAAUGGUCGUCCUCCUGAACUACCGCGAGGAUGGUGUCACCCCUUACGUCGCUAUCUGGAAGCACGGCCUUAAGGAGAUGAAGGUUUAGAUGAUCAUGUUGACUAUGGUUGGGCGUUGUCUUUUAUGGAGGGGCGCAAAUCAGCGCACCACUACGGAUGUUCUUUUGCCAAAGUGCAAAAGCCGUGUCUUUUGGUAGAUAAUCUUCUAUCGAUUACGGACGCGCUCUAAAGGCAG